AUGAAGCAACCCCAACGCCGGUCCGUUCUCCUGGAACUGCCAAGAAACAUAAGAAAGCGCCACGAGAAGCGGUGGGACGAUGAAGACGAAGACGAAGAUGACGAGGAUACCUACCCCUAUCACUGGGGAGAUGACGGCGACGAAUACGAUGAAGACAUCCGUGAUGGGUGGUAUGACGACGACGAAGAAAGGGAUGUACCGGAAUGGAAAACGAGCGAGAACCCGAUCCUUGCCCCCUUCGUGUUCAACCUAUCGUCGCAAGAGUCCGCGUCUUUCUUGAGGAGGAUUCCAGAUGCCGUGCGCCAGCGCAUUCGGUCGGUGGUGCUGACUGCAGGCGUCUUUGUUAUGGACGAACGUGGCAACCAGGUUGCCUGGUCCAAGCAAAGAAACAGCCAGUCUACUCCGUUUGCGGCACUGCUUCGACGAGCGCUCCCACGACUAAGUGAGAUCGCCAUCCACGUUCCGGCAACCAGCCACGAGAAGCAGUGGCAUAGUGCCCGGGCCCCAAUAGAGGUGCGCCGGAUGCUUGAGGAAGGGGUCGUCGAUGUGGUCCGCUUCCUGUACAGCACAAGUGUUCCCAACAUCAUGAAGAACUGCGUUCAUCUGGGGGCGGUCAAUCGACCCCACGACUGGCGAGAGGAAAACACGUGGCGAGACCUACGGAGAGAAGUUUGA